CCUCUCUCUCUCCUCUCUCUCUCCCCCUCUCUCUCUCUCUCCUCUCUCUCUUCCCCCUCUCUCUCUCCUCUCUCUCUUCUUCACAUGUCCUCGACAUAAAGGAGGCAGCUGAGAGACGACGAGCAGGAUGGAGGAGGAGGCUCUAUCCCGGCGCUCGGUGGCUGAACUUGCCGGCAGAUUCAAAGGCUCGACUUGUCCACACGAUGCUGCUGGGAUUGAAACGGAGAAGCCAGUCAGACGACGACCUCCUCGCUCUCUACAGCUCUCCAAAGCCCACCCGGAGCAGCCUCCAGGUGUCACCUCUCCUCUACCUACCAAAGCCAAGAGGAACUCUGCUCUGAUCGAGAAGCUCCAGGCCAACCUCUCUCUCUCUCCCACGACCCUGCUGCCCUCUCCAAAGAGCCCCGGCUUCAAGCUGCUGCCCCCCCCCUUCACCCCGCCCUCCCCCGGCUGCGCCCUGGUUUCCGGCUUUUUUUCGGCCACGCCUCCCGCCAGCCCGCUCACCGCCACCGGCGCCUCGCCGUGGACUGAGGAGGAAGGCCCCGCCUCCUUUGAAGCCCCUCCCACAGUGGAGGAGGGAUCCGUCCUGUCGAACACCAACAUCAAGGAACGAGCUCGCCACUCCAUCCGGCGACGCCCACCGUCCCGCCGCCACAGGAAGUCCAGCAACGGAGACGAGGUCGGCGUCGCCAUGGAGGGAGGGGAAGUGUCUCCGAGCUCCCCGACCGAACCGGAGGACAAAACAACAACAACAACAACAACAACAACAACAGGAGGAGGAGAUGAAACGGACACUUCCACGUGUCUUCAGAAAAACAAAGAAGAAGAAGACGAGUCAAAGAGCGUCGAGACCAGAGGAGACGAGGAGAUGAAGGAAGGAUCAAAGGGAGGAGAAGAAGGAUCUUAAAACGGUUCUCCUUCUCCUGCAGGAGGAUCGGGCAUCGGCCCGAUGAGCCCCUGGGAGGCCGGGAGGGAAACCCUGCAGCGGCGGGGACCCCAAACUCUGUCGGUGCGGUUUCUGUUCGGUGAAGACGAAGCAGGAACGUGAACGACUGAAUUUAACUCAAGUUCCACCUCCUGAAAACGAUUGAUGUGAAUUUGUUGUUUUUUUACUAAUCCUCGACUUUUUGUUUUUGUUUUUUUUACACUGCAACGCUGGAUUUGUUCCUUUUUUAUAGAAUGUGAUUUUAUUUUUUGCGUCAUUGUUUUCUUUGAUGUUCGGUGCUUCCAGAGCUGUGAUUGAUGACGAUGAAGAUGAUGACGAUGAUUGAUGACGAUGAAGAUGAUGAUUGAUGACGGUGAAUGAUGAUGACGAUGAUGAUGAUGACGAUGAUUGAUGAUGAUUGAUGACGGUGAAUGAUGACGACGAUGAUGAUGAUUGAUGAUGAUAAUGAUUGAUGACGAUGAUUGAUGAUGAUUGACGAUGAUGAUGAUUGAUGACGAUGAUGAUUGAUGAUGAUGAUUGAUGACGAUGAUGAUUGAUGACGGUGAAUGACGACGAUGAUGAUGAUUGAUGACGAUGAUGAUUGAUGACGGUGAAUGACGACGAUGAUGAUGAUUGAUGACGAUGAUGACGAUGAUUGAUGAUGAUGACGGUGAAUGAUGACGACGAUGAUGAUUGAUGACGAUGAUGAUAACGACGAUGAUGAAUGACGAUGAUUGAUGACGAUGAUGAUGACGACGAUGAUGAUUGACGAUGAUGAUUGAUGACGAUGAUGAUGACGACGAUGAUGAAUGACGAUGAUGAUGAUUGAUGACGAUGAUGAUUGACGAUGAUUGAUGAUGACGAUGAUGGAUGAUGAUUGACGAUGACGACGAUUGAUGAUGAUGACGACGAUGAUGAUUAUUGAUGAUGACGAUGAAGAUGUGCUUUUGGUGUCCGUUUAUUUUGAGUUGUGCAAAAAAAUUUAAAAGUAUCAAAAUAAGAUACUCGCUUGUUAAAGUUAAAAGCUGUCAGAGAGAAAACCUGAAGCCUUCAUUCAUAACAACGAACCACAGAGGUUUGUUAUUGUUUUUGUUUUUUUACUGUGCAAAGGCACAUUAACUCUAAAUUCUGUAGUUAAGCCUAAAAGCUGGGGACGUCACAUUGUGCCUUUAAGUUCAAAAGUGAUAUUAAAAUGCAUAUUUUUGCUACA